AUGGGCGCAGCGGCCUCAUCGCCCCUGUCUCUCCCGUCCUCUCCUCCGCAGUCGUCUCCGCCCCCCGCCAGCCGCUUCGCCUCCGUCGUGUGCUCGGCUUCGCAUCUUCCAGCCGCUCAGCGCCCGCCGCUGCUCUGCGUGAUUGCGUCGCCUCUGGGCUCUGCUUCUCUCUCUUCCAGCGUCGCGGGCUCGCCGGUGUCUCUGUGCUUCCCCAAGUUCUUCUCCUCCAUCGCCUCCGCCUUCGCGCCCGGUGCCGCUGCUUCCGCCGUUGCGCGCCGUGCCGCGGGUCGUGGUGGCGCGCAUCCGCUGCGGACCUUCGCGCAGCUGCGGCGGGCCUUCGCGCCGGGCGACGGCGGCAUCCUCGCGGCGUCCUUCUCGCGCGUGGAAGUUCUCUCCGCCGCCUUCGGUACGCCCCUCCACGAGAAGGCCUUUCCGCCUGCCUGGCAGGGAUGCCGCGCCGGCGCGUUCAACCCCGAGGCCUCGCUGCGCGGCUCGCGCGGCGGCAUCCUCUUCCUCGCCUUUGGAGACCGCAGAAUCCGCUGCUUCUCGGCGCAGGAUUUGCGCUGCGUCGGCGAACUCGUCCUGCCCGAAGUCCGCGAGGAAGAUGCCUGCCUCCCGCCACCCCAGGAUGCGCCGCACCAGGCCGCCACAGCAGAGCCACGCGAGACGUGGAAAGGAGCGCGGAGGCCGGACGACGAUGACGCGCUGCUGCAGUUUCUCGUCUCUGAGCCGUUUCUGGCAAGUUCGCCGGCUCCACUCGCUCCAUCUUCUUCUUCGCCUUCAUUCCCCCACGCCGCCGCCGGAUUGCCUGCUUCGCGCGCGUUCCCCACCGUGCUGCUGUGCCCGCUGAACAACUCAGUCAUCUGCGGCGACGCGAGUGGAGCCGCGUACGCCUUCUUUCUCGAAAGCGCUCAAGUCGCGGCGCGUUACGACCCUCCAGAGGCCCUUAUCGCCAGGCAGAGGAGCUUCUGCAGACCUGCCAGGGAUGAUGCCGGCGCCGGCAACCAGAGAGGGAGAAGGCGAAGCAGGAAAGGGCCGCGAGCGGAGGCGGAGCGUGGCGCCGCCUCGUCCUCCUCUUCGCCUUUCCGCGCGCCUUCUUUCGAGGCAUCUUCUUCAUCAUCUUGUUCAUCUUCAUCAUCUUCUUCAUCUUCGUUUCCAGCUUUUUCGUCGUCAAUUUUGUUUUCUUCUUCUUCAUCUUCCUCUCCAACUUCAUCAUCUUCUAUAUCUUCCUCGUCUUUUUCAGCUUCGUCUUCGCUGGCUGCGCCGGGCACCGCCUCCCCUCGAGUUGGCGCUUCGCCCUGCGCAUCAGCGGGGGCGUGCGGCGCGUCGCCGUUCGCAGUUUCAACGCUUCACUUCUUCGAGAAGAAGAAAUUCCUCUUUGUCGCCUACGGUCCGCGCGCCUCGCGGGCUGCCGCGCCUCCUCUCUCGCCCGCGUCUGCGUCUUCAGCGGACGCGGGCGCCAGCCUGCCUCCUGCGUCGCCGCAGCGGCGGGCGCGGGAGGAGUUUGUGCGGCAGCCGCCGGCGCUCCACGACUUUUCUUCUCCUUCCUUCUCCGCGAGCUGCAGGUCGCCGCAGCCGUCGCGCGCCGCGCCUGCGCGCGACGGCUGCGGCGGCGCGCGGUGGCGCUGGCCGCUGGCGGUUUUCGCGCUGCAGACCGGCGCGUGCGUCGGCUGCGUGUGGGGGGCCGCCGCGCCGGUCGUUGGGCUCCACGUGGGGCCCGCGUGGACCGGCGCGGUCGCGGCGGCCCCCCACACGCGGCGCGACGGCCGCCGAGAGGACGGGCGAGACCUCUGGUGCGUCGCCGUCACGCAGACGGAGAUCCUCGUGUGGCGACAAGACGCGCGCGCGCACAAGCUCCACAGAGGCCUCCACGGAGGUCGCGUCGACUGCCCGUCCUUCCUCUGCGGCUCGCCGUCCUCUUGGGGUGACGCAGAAGGCCGCACCGGUCCGUGCCCGCUCUUCAGCGCGCCGCCAGCCGCCUCGUCUUCAGCUGCCGCCGCGGCGGGCCCGUGCGCGCCCUCCCCAGCAGCGCCUCCUUCCUCUUCUUCGUCCUCUUCUUCCUCGCCCGCUUCUUCUUCCUCGCCCGCUUAUUCUGCUGCUCUUCGCGGGGACGAAGGCGGCGUAGUCGACGGUUUCCCGUGGCGUUUGGUCUCGCGCGCCGCGCUGCGGGUGGGCGCCGCGGCCUUCACGGAGGCGGGCGCCGCGGCCUUCGCGGAGGCGGGCGCGCGAGUCGCCGGUGCGAGGCAGAGCGGCGCGGAGGGCGAGGACGGCAAAAGCGAGAAAGUCGAAGACGCGCGUCCCGAGGUGCUCGCUGUCGGCGCGGCCUUCGACGAAGCAGAAGGCGUCGUGGCUGUCGCCGUACACGGCGCAGACGCCGCUCGCCGCCGCUCCCCGUGUUGCCAGCUGUGGAAAAUUCGAGGAAAAGCCAAGGGCGCAGAUGCGCACGGCGACGCCCAGCUGGAGAUCCGACCGUGGAGGCAGCUGACGCUGCGAACGAAUCCGGACGCGAGUUUGUCCUCUGAGCCUCUCAGAAUAUCUUCUUUCUGGUACGAUCGCGUCGCGCAGACGCUGGUGUGCGGCUUUUCGGAUGGGAGCGCGCGUCUCGCGGCAGACGUCUUCCAUCGGCAGCGGCGCGCGUGGGAACAGCAGCGUGCGGAGGCGGAGGCGCGGCGCCGCGCGUCUGCGUCGCGGGCGAAGGCGGCUGAGGAGGCGCGACAUGCGGCUGCGGCCGCGCUCGCCUCCGCCGCCCUCUCGCCUUUGCCGGGUGCUGCUGCCGCGUCUCCGUUCUCUCCGUUUUCUUCUCCGCUCGCUUUAGACGAUGGGGCUGCGACAGCGACCCCUGAGAGGCCGCUUCUGGUGCAGCUGCCAGAUGUCGAGCUGGACGAGAGUCCGUGGAGCGGCGCCGAGCGAGGCGAGAGGGACUUCCGAUCCCAGAGCUCGAAGCCGCUGCAGUUUUGA